AUGGUGAAAACGUUCGAGAUGCUUGGCAUCGAGGAUGACGGACUGAGAGUGACUAUGACAUCCUUCCAGCUAAAGGGAGAUACGGGUAAGUGGUGGAAGUAUGUACGUGAGCGCAUUAGGGUGACUUGGGAGGCCUUUGUCAAUGCCUUUCAGGACAAGUUAUUGCCUUCCACUGCUAGGGAGAAGCUGAGGGAUCGGUUUCUGAAGCUUAAGCAACUUAGCUUGUCUGUAGCUGAGUGUGAGGCAGUUGUCACUAGCCUCUCUAGAUUUGCACUAGAGCUUGUGGUGACGGAGGAACGCCGUUGUGUUGAAUUCGAGAAGCGAUUGCAGACUAGGCUUCUUUUCAAAGUAGUUUGGUCGAUGAUUAGGGACUACAGACGCCUUGGGGAGGCGGCGACUCAUCUUGAAACUGUGGUUCAGGGUGUGCUUAUUCUCAUUCUUGUUACAUUCUUGGGUGCUGAGAGUGAUGUGGUCCGAGUUGAGUUACCAAGGGUAGUUUGUGAAUACCCGGAUGUCAUUCUUGAGGAUCUCACUGGUUUACCAUCUCACCGUGAGGUUGAGUUCUCUAUUGAUUUAGUGCCUGGCACGACACUGAUUUUUACGGCACCAUAUAGAUUUGUACCCGCCGAAUUGAGUGAGUUUGAAGAUUCAACUUUAGGAAUUUUUAUGGAAGAUUACGACUUUGAAUUACACUAUCAUUCGGGGAAGGCAAAUGGUGUGGCCGAUACUUUGAGUAAGAAAUCCAUUAACAGUGUAAUGAGUAUUGUCAUUCGAGAAUGGGAGAUGUUAGGUGUUAUUGGUGAGUUCGACUUACAUUUUGGCGAGUCUGUUGAGUCGGCUACCUUGUUUAUCGUAGUUGCCCAACCUACACUGGCGAGCCAAGUUAUAAAAGCACAGAAAGAUGAUCUUGAGAAAAUGGUGAGAACAAGAGGUGAUGAGCUAGAGGAGGCAACCUCCUCAAGAUUGGACAGAAUGGAACAAAUGAUGCAGGACAUAGCUGAAGCUAUAAGACAACAGCAACAGUGGCAACAACAGUAG